AUGAACAAGGGAGAUCCGGAUAGUGUAGGCAUGCUGAGGAGCAACAGCAUGCUUGAUUUGGAAAGUGGCGGAGGGAUUUUUACCGACGAUGAUGAAUUCAGGGGCUACGGCGGCAACAAGAGGCAUGCCAAGAAGAAGCUUAAUAGGUUGAGGAGUGGUUCAUUGGGGAACCGGUUAGGGCUUAUAAGUUCGAGCCGUUUAGGGCUUAGUUCGAUUGGGAGUGAUGGUGCGGAUGAGAACAAUGACAAGGAGAAGAGCAGGCUUGGAAUGGGGAAGGGAUCCAAGCGGCCUCCUAAACCGCCUCGACCACCAAGGGGACCAGCACUGGAUGCUGCGGAUAUGAAGUACAUUAGGGAGAUAUCGGAGCUUUCAAAGGUCAAACAUGCAAGGAUUGAGCGUAUGAGGUCGCUCAGGAGCAAGAGGGUGGAUAACAGAAAUUCUCAGUCCUCUUCGUCGUCGUCGUUGGGUGCUAACAUUCUUGCUAUGGUGGUCACCGUUGUCUUCUUCGUCGUCAUUGUCUUGCAAGGUAAGGGAGAAUGUGAUGAGAUCUCUGUUUGUGAGUUGCUAGGUAGUCAGACUCAGCUGGCUAGGAGAGCCUACACUCCAGAUAACUCAUUUCCAGGCCUGUCCAAGCACAUAAAUAUUAUUGAAACUGGCUUAGCUGGAUUUUGCAUGGAUGCAUGUCGCUCAAUCUUCCUCAGCAGCCUCACCAGUGUAUAUGGAGUGAACUUUCAGAGUUUACAGCUGCGGCAUAUCGGAGUAGAAAAGGCCCAGUCUUGGACUGCUUUGCCCUCUCGAAGGCAAGAAACAACUUAAGGAGGGAAAGGGAGUGCCUCCAAGAAAACUAAUGUUUCCAUUUGUAUAUUGCAUUUUACCAGCUGACUGGGGAAUGUUUUUAACAGUUUGACACUUCAUCCAAUAAAUUGAUACUCAGAGCUGUACUUUGUCAUCCCC